AUGGCAGAGAAGGGGGAGCACACCGUUGCCGAAUUUAUUGAAUUCUGUGUCAGCGGGCGCACGGACAAGUCGGGCGAGUGGACUUCCAAGGGCGUCGGCAAGUACUUGGAGGGUGGCAAGGAGGCUGGCGGUCAAUUGGUGGACCAACGUUUUUGCCCCCGUAUUGUGGAAGGUGAGCUUCGCUACAAUCUGAUUGGUGACUCUUUGAUUGGAGUCAUUCACAAGAAGCCGAAGGAGGGAGGAAUCUCUGCAGUUGGUGGAGCCGGUUCUAUCUACACCUUCUACGGGCCAGACGAACCACUUUUCGCAAGCUUGACCGAAAAUUUCUUGAAGAAAGACUUGCCUCACGUCAUGCCUUCCCUGGACUUGGCAGAGGAGCCUUUGCCACUUUGGUGGACAACUGACUUCAUCAACGCCUCGCCUCCAGGAACAAAGGUCGAGGAAGAGAAGUGGAUUGUGGGCGAGUUUAAUUGCUCUUGCGUAGGGAUCUCCCGUUGCUUGGCUGCCUACUGCAAGGACGACACUCCCAACGCCUGCUGGGAUGACAUUUCGGAGGAAGACAAGGCAGAGGCCAAGAAGAUGGGCGACCUGAUGGGAGAGAAAGCCUUGGCAAUCCUCUCGAAGCCGCCAUGGACGGUGACAGUUGACAAGUGCAUCGACAUCUCCCAUCCGGAGAUGGCCAAGCUCGUGCCAAACGACUACGACCGGAUUCGAGACGGUGCUGAGGUCGAAGUGAUCAACUCUGCGACCCAGCCGGACAAGACAGCCCCAUUGGGUGUGAAACUCACAUCGCCUCCCAAGGUGAAUUUUGCGGAGGGCUACAUCUACCGUUUGGAUCGUUUGGCCAGCACCGAUCAAACUCGACGGAUGCUGGACGCUCUGAAAGUCAUCCUGAAAAAUCCGGUGGUAGAUCCGUCCCCGAUGAUUCCACAUGAAAUUUUACGGAAGUUGAUUUGCAAUCCAGUGGAGAAAACCUUGAAGCAGGCGGGACUCCAAGACCUGCCUCUGGAAUCUGUGGACUUCAGCGGAAGCAAACAGAAAAGCGAAGGCCUUGCAGCCUUCCAGCAGGAGGCGAAGCACGUUUACGCCCACCUUCUGAACAAGAGUCAAAUUGAUUCCUUAGCUGCUUGGUCCAAGAGUCGCUUUUCGUUCAAGGAUUCUGGAAUGCUGUUUUUGAACAGUGUUUUAUCCUCCACACGUCGUUUGACUUUGAUCCAAGGGCCACCCGGAACCGGUAAGACCACGACCGCCGUUCAGAUCGUCGCGGCAAUGGUUCGGUAUGGCCUGGUAGAUCUGCCAAUUCUUGUGACAGCCGACAGUAACACUGCGGUGGACAAUUUGGUGAAGGGCAUCGGCAAGACGGGAGUGAACAUUGUGCGUGUUGGACGGCCUGAAGCCAUCCGAGAAGACGUGAAAUCCUACGCCCUGGAUGGACGUUGGAAGGACUUGAAAAAAGCAGAGGUCGUGUGCGCCACAUGCAUUGGAGCAUCGGGUACAACCCUGGACAAGGUGCGUUUUCCAACAGUCAUCGUGGAUGAGUGUACGCAAGCUGCAGAAACUGCAGCUUUGGUUCCGAUUGCCCGGGGAUGCCAGCAAGCGAUCCUUAUUGGCGACCAAUGUCAGUUGCCUCCCACGGUGCUCUCCGAUGUGGCAGAAACUGAGAACCUUGGAGAGUCCUUGUUCACACGUCUAGUUACCCAAGGGGUUAGGCCUUGCCUCUUGGACACUCAAUACCGUAUGCAUCCCUUGGUGGCAGAAUUCGCUUCGGCAGCCUUCUACAACGGUCGGCUGCAAAACGGUGUAUCUCACAUUCAUCGAAAACCACCUGAAGGUUUUCCCUGGCCACAAAGGCACAUGCCGGUGGCCUUCAUCAACCUGGAGAAGUGCGAAGAGAAACGCGAAGGACAUGGCUCCUCCUACAUCAAUCCUGCAGAGGCAGAAAAGACGAUGUGGGCACUUCUCGAAGUCACAAAGAAUGGCAAGAUCGGGCCGGAAGACGUUGGCAUUGUGACGCCCUACAAGGGACAGGUGAGGCUUUUGAAAAAGUUGAUUAACGAACGUCCCGGCCUUCAGAAGUUCCGUAGUGGCCUUGAGGUGGAAUCCGUUGAUCGAUUCCAGGGUCAAGAGAAAGAGGUCAUCAUUUUUUGUGCCGUCCGAAACAAUCGUGAGGGCAAGGUAGGCUUCUUGUGCGACUGGCGUCGGCUCAACGUCAUGCUGACGCGUGCACGAAUUGGCCUGAUCGUCAUCGGAAGUCGAAGUACGUUGAUGUCAGAUCCGCUGUGGCACGAGUGGCUCAUUUGGGCUGCAGCUCGUGGGGCCAUUUGCGGUGAGAGCGCCAAAGGCUCUUGGGUGCCAAGGUAUCUUGUGGAUGACCGCGAUGGUAUUUGGACAGUGAAACAAGGCAUCAUUGAGGAAGUCCAAAAAGGCAUCACGCCGAAACCCAGUACAGGCGGCAAUGAUGCACCGGCCAAAGUAGAGCAAAAGGAGGAGGAUAUCCUCGACAGUUGGGAGGACAUGGAAAGCCCGCUGAUGACGCCGGCCAACGAAAGCCAGCAGCAGGGCGCCUUAGAAAAGGCCCUCGAAGAGGACCCAGCAGAGCUGCCGGAAGCAGACCCAGAGGCUGCCAAGGCAGUAUGCUCCACCCGACUAAAGAAGACACCGGUGGGGUCGCCAUCUGUGUCUCUGACCAAAGCGCAGCAAGCAGUUGUGGACCUGGUUCUGCGCGGUCGCAGCGUUUUCCUCACAGGUGCUGCUGGUACAGGGAAAUCCGUCGUACUCCAAGAACUCAACCGUCAAGCCAAGCGUCAAGUUGCCCUCACUGCUGCUACUGGGGUUGCGGCGCUCCUGAUUGGUGGAGAGACCACACAUUCAUGGGCUGGCUUGGGGCAGGCGAAGGGCACAUCUGAUGAAUUGGUGGAACGGGUGAGAAUGGAUGCAGCUGCAUGCAAUCGUUGGCUUGCAGCAAGACUUCUGGUCAUCGAUGAGGUCUCCAUGAUUUCAGCCAAGCUGCUGGAUGCCUUGGACCAGUGCGGCCGUGUGUGUCGCGGUUUGUCAAUGCCCUUUGGAAAUCUGCCGGUGUUGCUAUGUGGUGAUUUCCAUCAACUUCCUCCAGUUUCUCUGGAUGGUUGGGCCUUCCAAGCCAAGGUUUGGAAGGAGGCCAUCAGUUUUUCCCUGGAGCUGACGGAGGUUCUUCGCAGUGAUCCACAAGAGCGGCAGCUGGCGAAAGCCCUGCAGGAGGUGAGAUGUGGCCGCAUCUCGGACGGAUCGUGGCAGUUCCUGCAGUCUUUAGCGAAGAAGCCAAGGCAGAAUGAUCGGUGCCCCGUGGUGGUGGUGCCCACCAACCGGCAGGCGGAUGAGAUCAAUGUGGCAGCACUCCGAGCCGCCAUGGAGACAAGUGGAGAGAUUCAUCGCUAUUCUGCACUACACGUAAGUGGUGCCAGAAAAAAGGAGGUGCCAGAAGAGCUUUCACUCUGCAAGGGCGCUGUGGUGGUUCUGACGACCAGCAUCAGGGUGGGACCACAAGGCGAGGUGAAAUGGGCCAAUGGCCUUCGUUGUUGCGUGUCUGGCUUCGUGGAGCUGCCACGCAAAGUCUUCGACCAUCGACAUCCAGAUUUUGAAGCUGUUCAUGGCCACAGCCUUCGCCAAUUUUUGCUGCGACAUGGGGGCCUGUUGCCAAAAUUGCAGGCUUUAGAAGACCCAAGCUCUGAGUACGUCCUACACCCGGUUCACUUCUCAGAGAGAAACUCUGGUGAAGGUCCUGGUGUGGUGCAGUUGCCUAUUCGACUAGGGUGGGCAGUGACAGCACAUCGCGCUCAGGGUGCUUCCAUGGAGGGAGGAGCUGUUGCAGUCUUGCAGGGCCUCUUUUCACCAGGGCAGGCGUAUGUGGCAUUGUCUCGCUGUCGUCGAGCCAAGGAUCUUUGGAUUGAAGGGCUGCCGCAUCGUGAUGCAGAUGGAUGGGUAGCGGCCUUUGCACCCGAGGAGGAGGUUCAAGCCUUCUAUCAAACCAUGCGUGGCUUCUGAUGAGCAAAGGACUUUUUGGUGAUGCUGGGGAAACCAUUGCAAUUGGGGAAAUGCAUUGGUAUGGUCCUGGGGGAAUGGGACCGCUGAGAGCCGGAUGCAUCCGCUGAGCCAACAGCCCUUGUGACCCAGCAUUGGUGAAGCUGUUGGGAUAAUCCUGUGCGAC